CCUCAUACUCUUGUUCUAUGUAUAGAUGUGAAUCCAAUGAUGAUUCGAAUGAUUGGGAUUAUGGAUGGCAAUAUGGCAGGGUGUAUACGGAAACAGCAGCUUAUGCCUUACCACAUCCUUCCAACGAAAGAUGCCAAAACUCAUACUUUAUAAGGACGGCUUGGAAUACGAGUAGAAACACACAUGUAACCUGCUAUAACAGUACAAAUAAGGUGGUGGAUGAUAUACAAGAAUGUAUGUCAAUUGCAUGCCAAGGGAAAGCAAAUGUUUUAGACUACUUUAAGGACAAAACAGCAUGCAGAAUAAUGAAUUGUACUUUGAAUUACAAGAUUUGGGAAUAUAGCUUCUCAAAGAAAUGGACAGAAUCCGACAAGGUGGUAACAUACACCCUGAUAUCAUCACAGAUAAACACAUCAAAAACAACUAUAACAUCAACAAAAACAUUAGGGAAUGACACAAGUGUUACCAUGAGAAAUGUCAAAGAAGAUACCACCGAGGAUUUCACAUCUUCAACUGAUCAAAUGAGAACUAUCGCAUCAGAAAAGCUGGAUUUCAAAAUGAUUGUUUUUAUACUGACAGGAACAACAGCAAUCCUCUUGAUAUUAGUUGCUGUAAAAGUGGUAUAUGAUAUUGCACAAAGGUUACGAAGAAAGAGACAAAUGCAACCUAGGAAUAUUUCCAUACGCUCUUCAGAUGCUUCAUCCUGGGGAUUUCCUCUACGGUAUUCAGGUGUUUCUACGAAUAGAUAUUCAGAAGCGUCAACCUCUACUUAUGCAUUGAUAGACGAAUCAAAAAUGCUUCCACAACUUCAUCAAUAUUUCCGAAACAGAAGGAAUGAUACUUUCCAAACAGUGCAGGAAGAACUUGCAGAAAUUUUCAGAGCAAAUCAUAGAAUAGACCUUAAGGUAGAUGAUACAGGUGAAAUAAUACCACUUCGAAUAUUACAUCCUCAAGGAACCUAAUGAGUUAACAAUCCUACACAGUGUUCAAAAUCUGUUUCAAGAAAAUAA